AUGGACGUGGCGCUGCCUGGGGUGAUGCUCGCCCGAAACGACGGUCAGCACGAUGUUGCUGUCGGCUCGCUGAUUGAGGGUGCGCUCUCACGUGCCCCGGUGCUAAGCCGCCUCAGGGACUUCCAAUGGCGGGGCGUGCGUCGCGCUUUGGAACUUAAGGGCCGCUGCCUCCUCGCUGACGAGAUGGGCUGCGGCAAAACCCCGCAGGCCUUGGCGGUCCUGGCGGCGUACAACACUUGGCCAGCCUUGGUGGUUUGCCCCGCGUGCUUGCGGCUGACAUGGGCCGAAGAAAUCGAGAAGUGGCUGCCCGGUCUACUGCAGCCGCGGCACGUCCACAUCAUUUACAGCUCGAACGACAUGCUGGGCCCGGAGUCAAAAAGCGAGCUGUGUGUGUGCAUCGUGUCCUACACCAUGGCACGCCUCCUUUUCCAAAAUCUGAGAAGGCAGUCUUGGAGAGUAGCAGUGGUGGACGAGUCGCACAACCUGCGGAGCAGAGGGUCUAGCAUUUCGGCGGCCACAUCGGCAAUUCUGGAGUUGUUGCGGCCGCUGGAUCGACUGUUGCUGCUUUCUGGCACCCCCUCCCGGUCCAGCUUCUUGGACAUCUUUACACAAGCCGACCUGCUGUGUCCUGGUUUGCUCGGAGACUUUGAAGUGUUUGCCAAAGACUACGACGAGCCAAGACUCUCGAAGAUGGGAUACCUGGACCGAGGGAAGCGUUGUCGUAGACCCUGGCAGCUGGGUUUGCUGAUGGUGGAGAAUUUGAUGGUACGGCGACGGAAAAAGGAGGUCUUGGAGGACUUGCCUCCCAAGCGGCGGCGCCUCAUGCGCUUGGCUCUGUCAAAGGAGCACAUUGGCCAUCUAUCCGAGGCAGAGCUUGAAGCCAACACUUUGCAGGAGCGUUGUGGGCUCUUGAAGUUGGUGGCCUCGCAGUCUUGGCUCCGCGAGAAGCUGGAGCAGUGCGUUGCGAUGGGUCAAAAGGCUGUCCUCUUCGCCCAUCAUCUGCGGGUGCUCGACCGGAUUUGCAGCCUCGCCCAAGGCAUAGGCUGCAGCUUCUUCCGAAUCGAUGGCUCCACUCCGGCGCUGACGCGGCAGGCGCUCCUCGCUCGGUUUCAGACUCAGGCGGCGUCUCCGUCUCCGUCGUCUCCUCUUCUGGCGGUGAUCGGGAUCACGGCCUGCGCCGUGGGUGUCGACUUGUCGAAGGCCAGCUUCUGCGUCUUCCUGGAGCUGCCGCCCGACGCCGCCUGGCUCUGCCAAGCUGAGGAUCGGCUGCACCGCCCCGGCCAACGACAGGCAGUGGACGUGCUGAUGCUCUGCGCUGACCGCGAAGAACAGGCACCCAAGCGAGCCAGGCGCAAUGAGUCGAGCGCUCGGAAAGCCAAAGGCAAGGAUUGGGAAGGCGACGUGGCCCAGUGCUGCCAGGUGGAUCGCCAGCGAUGGCUCGGGCUCUCGGGGCGGCUCCGCGAAGUGGCCGCUCUCCAGGAUGGCCCCGCAAUGAUGCUGGGCUCCGCUGAGCAUUUAUCUAUGGCUGCGCUUGACGGCGAUCCUGCAGACAGCGGCGAAUGCGAAAGUCUGCAGUUCGCCUUCGAGAUGUCGCCUCACACGCUGCGGCUGCACCCCUUCCGUCGCGACGGCCGGCCCUUGGCGAUGAGCUUGCGACCGGAAGAGGCCUCAGAGGAUCCAGAGCUCUUCCGCGAGCUCUCGCUCAGAGAGUCAGAGCGCUUGUUGCAGCAAGCGCGGGAUUUUCAGAAAGCUUGGAAGUCUCUGACACCUCUCCAGCAGAAGAUGGCAAUGGGCAGGCCAUAUCGGGCAGAGGAUUUGCAGGCCGAGCACUUCCAAGUGAGGCCGAUCGCCGCGCCUUCCACCCGCCGCUUCUUGCAUCCACACCCAGUUGGAGAAGAGGAGCAGUGUGAGGUCUUGGUGCACUACGAGACAGGCCGCCUCAGUGGACAGACGGUUCGCUUCCUGCAGCCGAUGUCCUCUUCCUCCCUCGAGACCCCUGUCCUUCUUUGCAUGGAGUGCCGUCGGCCGCUCCCCAUGUCCUUGGAGCUUGCCGAAAGCUGGAGCGGGAACGGUACAUCUCUACGUGUGCACAGAAAGAGCGAGAGCGGCGAAGGUGAGAUGUUUUGUGCCGGACCGUGUCGAGCAAGGUAUUUCGGAAAGAGGAGUGGCGCGAGCCUGCGCCGCCAGCUUUUCGAGUUGGAGCGCGGCGUUUGCCAGCGCUGUGGCCUGGACUGCCACGGCUUGUGGCAGAACCUGAAAAGCUCAAACAGCAGUUGGCUCGAGGAGCUUCAAAAGCAUAGCAGGAUGGCAGCGGAGAGCAACUCAGCACAGUCAGCGGCUUUGCACACAUUGCUUUCGCACCUAACUCGCUUUGACAGCGAGUCCCCAGACGAUUUCAAGCUGACAGAGGGAUCUUUGUGGCAGGCCGAUCACAUUUUGCCUGUUUGGCAAGGAGGCGGCGCGUGUGGCCUCGAGAAUCUGCAAACUCUUUGCGCACCUUGCCACAGCUUGAAGACCAGCGAAGAGACCAAGCAGCGAGCCAAGGCAGCCAAGGCGAGGGCAGCGAGGGCCUGGCCUGCCUGGCCUGCCGGACGGCUCCGGUUUGGAAGUUCUUCGGGAUUCUGGGCCAAGGGAAAGCAAGACCUUAGCAAGGACUCACCAGAGCUGAGGCCAAAAUCGGCGACUUCGCACGCUGCAGAGUGCCGGUCUUGUCUUUCCGAAGUCCGUCUCAUGAACGGUUUGGAUGAUUCAGCAGCCGGGUGCAGCAAGUUUGUUCUUCGUAUUAUGUUUCCUAUGACACAAUGA